AUGUGCGCAAGCUUCGCAAUACUAUUGAACACAAAGCUUCGAAAUCACUGCAGUAUGACUGUGGCGAAUACUGAGACUCAAACAGCCGCUAAAUCCUCUAGUACAAUAGGCCCGUGGAAGCUUGGCGAAACGCUGGGCGUCGGCAGCGCUGGAAAAGUCCGGCUGGCGCAACACGAGGGCACGGCCCACAAGACUGCCGUCAAGAUAAUUUCCAAGUCCAUCUUCAACACUGAGGGCAAUUACGGUAACCACGGGUCAGUGCUGCCCUACAACAUCGAGCGUGAAAUCGUUAUUAUGAAGCUCCUGAGCCAUCCGAACGUCUUGGGUCUUUAUGACGUAUGGGAAACCAACAACAAUCUAUAUCUUAUCCUGGAGUACGCGGAAAAGGGAGAAUUGUUUAACUUGCUGGUAGACCGUGGCGCCCUGCCCGAACGUGAGGCCAUGAAAUGCUUCAGGCAGAUUAUCAUUGCCGUCUCGUACUGUCAUGCACUGGGCAUAGUACACCGAGACUUGAAGCCGGAAAACCUUUUGCUGGAUAGUGACUACAACAUUAAAGUUGCAGAUUUUGGCAUGGCGGCUUUGCAGACGGACGCGGCACUGCUAGAGACUUCUUGUGGCUCACCGCAUUAUGCCGCACCAGAGAUCGUAUCGGGCCUGCCCUACGAAGGGUUUUCCAGCGAUGUUUGGUCCUGCGGCGUGAUUUUGUUUGCCCUUCUGACGGGCAGACUACCUUUUGAUGAAGAAAAUGGGAACAUUAGAACCUUGCUGUUGAAAGUUCAAAGAGGCCAAUUUGAGAUGCCCGAUGACACUGAAAUUUCCAAAGAUGCGCAAGAUCUUAUCAGCAAGAUCCUCGUCGUAGAUCCCGCGCAAAGAAUAAAAAUAAGAGACAUCCUGAGUCACCCGCUGCUAAAGAGAUAUCAAACCAUAAAAGAUUCGAAAAGUAUCAAAGAUUUACCUCGUGAAGACACCUACCUAUACCCGUUGGCAGAUGCCGGUGCCGCCAUCGAUGAUUCAAUUCUACAGAAUUUAGUAGUGCUGUGGCAUGGCAGACAUGCAGAUGAAAUAAAAGCUAAAUUGAAAGCCAGCGGAACCAAUACAGAAAAAACUCUAUAUGCCUUGCUAUACCGCUUUAAACUGGAGUCGAUGAGAGAAUCCAAUAAAAGGAGACGUCACAAGACAAAGAAAACUAAAAAUAGAAAAUUUAGCACAUCAUCGUCAUUAGUGAAGGGCCGAAAUUUAGAAUCCACACCGCGUAAACGCACCUCUAAGACACAUUCCAAUAAUUUCUCCUCCGGUAAGAAGAGGUCAUCCUUUAUAUUAUCUCCCAAUUCCAUCAAUAGCUCCCCAAUACCUUUAAGAAACAGCAAAGGAAUAUCACUUCGUAAUGCAACGUCCGGAGGUUCUCCAGUAGUGCCGGUUAUUCUCCUGAAUUCUUUCAAGAGAAAUUCCAAACUGUCAAGCAAAAGAUCAUCUUACAUGCCCAACUUGAAAAGCGGCUCUGUAACGUCAAGAUUAUUGUCAAAUUAUAAUAAGCUAAUAGACGAAGAUGAUUGGGAAUGCAUUGAGAAGGAUACAAAACGGACGAGUUCUAAUUUUGCCACAUUGAUUGAUGAAAUUUUUGAGCCUGAAGAAUUCGAAUUAGCGAAAAGGGAAAAAGUUGAACUUCAAAGGAAAGUACGAGGAUCCAAAAUGAGCGACAAUAUUGGGGAUAGAUCUGAAUUUACUGACGGGAUGAAAGAGUUGAAGAGAAUAAACGCCAAAGUUUCAUCUCCCUUAAUAAAUUAUGAGUUUUCACAACAAGAACUAUUGCAAGACAUAGACACCCUACUCACUAACCGCUAUCAACUCUCCGCAUAUACUAGACCCAUUUCGAAACUGGAUCCCGGUUUAAUGCCCGCAGCUGGAACAACCCCUCAUGAUAUAAAGGAACAAACUGCUUUGAUACGGGAUACAGAAGUAAAAAUAAUAGAAACUAUACACAGGUCCAAAUUUUUGGGCUCUUUGCUCAAUGUUAGAGAAGGGAUGUCUAAAGACGAUGACGAAUUAGCACCCAUAGAAGAGUCGUCCAUAAUUUCAACCACACCACUGAUUUACGACGAUCGAACAGAAGUUCGGAAAAUAUCCGAUGUUGAAGUCCCUCAUUUCACGAGAAAAUCAAGGCACUUUACCGCUGCUAGUAAUAGGCGCUCAGUCUUAUCUUUGUAUUCUUCCAGAGAUUCAUUCAAGGACUUGAGCCAAAUUUCAAAGAACGAAUAUAGUGACUCGCCGUCACAAAGAAGCGUUGAUGAUACGAGUAGUAGCAAAAAAGUUGGCCAUACCGAAAGCCUUGCUAGUGUAGCCGAACAUAUUGAUGAUGACAGUUACAACGAUCAUAACAGCGGUAUGAAUAGUGAUAAUGUAUUGUAUGACGUUCCUGAAGGCGUUGACUUACCACAAGAAGUUAAAAAUAGUGAUGAGCAGUCAAGCUGUUCCCUAGUAUCAUCAAGUCUAGAGCCUACUCCAGUGGUGGAACUUCCUUCCUUGAGCUCUUUUCAAGGGAAGAAUGCCAGUGGGCUAGGUAUUUAUCAAAGAGAACCUUCCAAGGUGUCCUUACCAACCGCUACCAUCGACACCAGUGACGCCGUUGAAAAUAGAGAGACUGAGGUAAAAAAGGAGCUCAAACAUGACAGUAUCGCCACCAAUUUACCAGAUGAUAACGUGAAGGAAAACAACAACGCAACGGCCGAGGCUCCUAGUAGAAUAAAAAAAUCCUCUAACGUUUCAAUCCUGAAAAACAUUUCCAAGGGUAAAAUUUUAGAACUGGAAAUACAUGCCAAAAUACCUAACAAACGAUUAUUCGAGGGCCUGCAUAAAUUACUGGAAGGUUGGAAGCAAUAUGGGUUAAAAAAGUUGGGAUUUGAUGCUGCCAAAAUGAUUAUAAAGGGUAAAUUGGUAAAUGACAGCAUUUUAUCUUUAAGGUCCACGCUGUUUGAAAUAAUAGUCUUACCAAACGGAGACGAUCGAAGCUUGAUCAAAUUUAAUAAAAAGACAGGUUCAAGUAAAGUUUUAACGAAACUUGCGACUGAAAUCCAAAUUAUUCUACAAAAAGAGGGUGUUUUGGAUAAAUGA